AGAAAUGUCUCCCGCCUACCAGCAGCACACACACGCAUACGCGCACACACACAGCACUUCUAUGUUUGUCAGACUCAAAUCCGAGGGAGAGGAGCGAGCCGCCAUUUUCUAAACGUCUCUCCCUAAAACGAGAGAAAAGCGCUGGCGUAAAACAACCAUCUGGAUUACCUUUUGUCAACGAAGAAUUAGUUCUUUUGGUAAAGGAUUGCCUUGUUAUGCUGUAAAUCUGAAGUAACUUGGUGUAGAAACCGCGAUUUCUCGGCCUUGUCUUAUAUUCGCUGUAGCGGCGAGGCGAGCGAGCAAGGUGUAGAUUGAUUCGCCCAUUGCCUGAAUCCGGAACAAGCGGCUGUGUCCACCGGGCCUGUGAGGUAACUCGGUGCCUUUUGGAGUAUAAAUGGCAAAGUGACCGAAUAGACUCUGUUUUUUGCUUUAGCACCCUUGGCUUUUUUCAACAAACUGCAGGGGAUUGUUACCGAAAUUCCCUCGGAUAGUGCAACCUCGUCACGUGGCUGUCCUCUGGCGGGGCAGUAAGCGGGUGGUGUGGAGCAGGCCUUGGUGCCCGUCUCUCGGCACUGCAUGGCUGCGAUGGCGCCCGCUCUCACCGACGCCCCAGCCGAAGCUCACCACAUCCGCUUCAAACUGGCUGCCCCCUCUUCCAGUUUGUCCCCAGCCAGUGCAGAGAACAACGGUAACGCCAGCAACAUCCUUAUCCAUAGCAGUGGUCCUGCUAAGGGCAAGGCCGCCCCAGAAGAGUGCCCGCUUGACUUUUGUGGAGGAGAUCAGGAGCAGGAGCAGCCCCAAGCUGACCCAGUGGCUCAGGCCUCUGCGCUGGGAAAGCUUCAGCCUCUGGUGGCUUCCUACCUGUACUCGGAUGUGACGUCUGUUGCUUCAACUAAGGAGUCAAUCAAGCUGCAAGGAGUCCUUAUCAAACAGUCAGUGCUUAAAAGUCACAGAAUCCUGCCCACCUCCCUGCUCAACGGUGGUGGGGAGUUCCUGUUGAGGAAGAGGCAGGCCAUUGAACUCUCUGGUGGUCAUCUCAAAACCCUAAUGAGUGGAAACACCAACGGAGGCAGCCAGCCUAUGGCUCCGGUCAAUGGCCUGGCCAAGAAGCUGGCCACUAUCCCCGGCUCUGGCUGCGUGGUAGCAGUGAACGGUGACAAGCCUUCUGCUGCCACAGACUCUCACACCCAAAACCAGCCCCUGGAUUCAGAGACCCUAGAUGCUUCUUUAUCAGGGCAUAUUCCAUUGAAAGGAACCCUCAAACAGAAGCAUUCCUCAGGGGUUUCCGAAAAUAAUGAUGGAAAUAACCUUGAAUCAACAGUGCUUCAACCUGCUGCACUUUCCCCCUUUACCCAAGAUGCCUCAAACUCCAGUGAACCAGGUGGACAGGUGGAGGCUGACUUAAACACACUUAACCAACUACAGGGAUGUGAUGGGGAGAGACCUGGGAGCAGCCAACAAGGCUCUCCAUCCUGUGCACUUAUACCAGACGCUCCCCUCCCCUGUGGCUCCAACUCCGAGUCCAUUGAAGCUCACAUUAGGGAGCGCACUCUCCUCAACAGUAACCGCCAGGCUGAGAUCGAAGGCCGCCUGCGCCGCCUGCGAAAACGUCUCCAGGUGGUCCAGGCCAAGCAGGUGGAGCGCCAUAUUCAGCAGCAGCUCGGGGGCUUUUUAGACACCGCUCUUAGUCGGUUAAUUUCUACUAACCGUAAGUCGGAGACCACCACCCCCACGGCCACAUGGAGGACUGGGCGACACUCAAACAACAAAGAUGGUCUCGGCAGGUUCCUGAAAAGUGGUUCCAUGCCUUUGGAGCUGGAGCGGCUGUACUUGAGUGGAACGGCAAACCUUCACUCGGCUGAAAGCGCCUUCGACUCGGACGUGACAGAGAGUAGCUCCGGAGGGGACUCUGACCUGGAGGAGGAGGAGCUGUCCCGGGUGGACAUUGAGCAGAGACAUGUCAAAAUAUGGAAACGGGCAGAGAGUCGCUACACAGUGGAGCGAGCAGCCAUCAUCAGUCACUGGAACUGGCUCCAGGCUCACAUCUCCGACCUGGAAUACCGCAUCAGACAGCAAACGGACAUCUACCGCCAAAUACGGGCCAGCAAGGGCUCAGUGGAGUUGGGAGGUGUCGCUCCUAAUGUUACAGAAGUCAAAUCAGAGCCUGUAAAUAGUACGGACGUGGCUUCAGAGCGGCUGGAGCACACAGUCACCACCCACAGCACCAAUGCAGAGCCUACGGGAGCCUGGAAAGGUCAAAAUGGACAGCCCGUUAAUGGCGUCCUCAGCAGGAUGGCAGAGUGUGCAGAGCCUCGGCCCCUGCAGCCCCUUGACAGCUCAUGUGUGGCUGCCCGGACACGACCCCUCGUCAGCUGUCGUCGACGGCGCCUCAUUCAGCCCAACUCUGUGCCCAACCUUAACGGCAAGGCCCCCAGAAGCUGUGUCCAGUGUAGCUGCAGAGUAAACCCGAGCUGUGUGAUGUGUGGUGGCUGGCCCACCCCCAGAGAAGACCCCCAGUUUGAACUGCCCACCCUUGAGCGCCUGUCAAGGCUGGAUCUUGGCAUCCACCCCAUUCUGUCCUUCCCUGACGACGUGAGUGUUAGUCUGCGCCUGCAGCAGGUGAUGAAGAGCCAGUGGCACAUGAAGUCACUAGAGAGACGUAAACCUCUGAAGAAACUCUCCCUCAAACACAAGUUAUCCUCCUCCAAAGAGAAGCACAAGUUUACCAACUCACUUAUGGCAGUCAGACUGGGUCACUAUAAGAGUCGUGAGAAGCAGAGGUCUCUGGACAGUGGUGGUAGCAGCAGUGCUGUGCUGAACUCGUCCAGACUGGACAGUCAGUGUAAGAGCGAGCGGCUGCAGACGUCCACCCCCCUCGGACCCUACGACAAGAGCUUCAGUCGUAAGAGAUUACGAGAGCAAUCUCUGGACCGCUCUGACACAUCUCCCAAGUUGUUCUUGGACUCGAGCAGCCCCUGCCCCACUCUGGCCCACAUGCACUCGUCCCUCCACAGCCCCCUCACCCGACAGCUGUCCACGUCCUCUGAAAACUCCACACCGCUGGGCCCUGGCGCACAGAGCAUCAUAACCACACCUCAGCCAAUCAAGAGAAGGAGAGGUGAGAGCUCUUUCGACAUCAACAACAUCGUGAUCCCCAUGUCUGUGGCAGCCACCACCCGAGUGGAGAAGCUGCAGUACAAAGAGAUCCUCACACCCAGUUGGCGAAUGGUGGAUAUUUUCUCCCAGAAAAUAACUGAAGAGGAAGAUCAACGGGAGGUGGAGGACCUGUCAGACGCAGCCUUUGUGCAGCUCCAUCAGCCGUACGAGGACCAGGAGAGGUCCCGCUGGUCCUGGAUGGCUCUGGCUCCAGCCAAACGACGAGGGAGCAGGUCAUAUAAAUCUAUAGAUGGUCGGACCACGCCACUGCUGUGUGGAACCAACCCCCCCACGCCUCAGCCCGCAUCCCCAGACCCCGGACACUGUCCCCUGCUGCACGAUUACAGCCAUGUGCCGUCGCCCCUGAGCCCACCCAGCCCGGACACCACCUCCAACCCCCACACGCCCUGCUCCCGAGACUCUCACCGCCUGCUCUCCAGUGAAGACACACGCUGUUCCACACCAGACUUCUCCUUUGAAGAACGAACGGUGGCGCCGUGGGAGCGCCGGAGCUUCCCUCUGUCUGAAGACCCUGCCCCAGAGCCCGAGACCGACCCCGACAUCAGGCCCAGGAUGAGGAGCAUCUCAGGUUGCCGAGCAACAGCCUUUGGGAGGCUGGAUUCAGACGAUAUGGACCUGCCCUGUGAUGAAGACGCCCCCAAACACAGGACAUCCCACCGAUAAAUGACUGACCGGCGCCCCUUGCAGCUCCUCUCUGGCAUUAACAAGCAGAACCUCAAAGCAAAAUAAAAUAUUAAUGGGUUCCUGUUGUUUGAUAUUCAAACAUCAGUCUAAUACUUUUCACAGUUUUUAGUGAAUAUUAUGGAGAUAGAAGCCUUUCCCUACACUUGUUUUUGUCACAAGAAAAAAAGGAUAAAUGUAAAAAAAAAAAAAAGUAUAAAAACAACACGUUACAAAAAAUGAUUUCUGUAGUAGGCUAAACAAUGUACAUGGGGGCUUAGUGGUGUUCAUAUGUCGCGUGUACACUUGUAGCGCACUAUGUAGCGGACUCCUCAAAAUAUGGCCAAAGGGUGUUUUCUAUUGACUAGUUUGCUUGUAAUUCCCAUGUACAUUUUUAGUGGAGUGACAAAUAACAAAACAAGAAAAAUGCCCCCCCUCUCCUCCUCCUCCUGUUUGGCCCUCAUCCAGACCCACAGGUACAUGAGACGUGGUCCCCUUGGUCAUUGUCACCACAGCACUUCUGCAACUGCCAAGUCUAGUUUUGUUGGUUUGCUUUCUUUGUUUUUCAUUCCUGGAGUUUAUUUUUGUGUAUGUUCUGUCUGUUCCAGCUCAACUCAUUUUCUUUUGUGUUUAAAUAGUAAAAGUAAAAAAAUCAUUCCUUAUCUUUGGAAAUCGUCUGUCUUUCCCCCUGCCGUGUGUCUUUUUUGAGUUCAAAACAUGGGGUGCUGGCGAGACGACUGGGAUGUCCUUUAGAGCACUUGCCCAACAGAAAACAAUGCUGCAUGCUCUGAACAUGCUACUCGAAUGCUAGUUUUAUCACAGCACUACUUACUAAGAUACAACCAAUCACAGUGGGAAUGAUUAUACCAUCAACUUCACUCCCGUAUCCUUUACAUUUCUGUAGUAAAUUGUGGCAAAAUAAAAAAUGACAAAGCCCUUAUUCAUUUUACUGGCUCGGCUUGACAAGAAUAAUUGUGUUUGUCUUGCAAAUAUGAAUUAUCCAAAUGUAGCGGCACCCACUCAACUAAAGCCAACCCCAACUCAGGUUUUUCAAUUUAAGGGAAUCUACUUUCUGGUGUUAAUAGUUUGAACAUAUGAUCUGAAUCUUCUAGACUACUUUUGCUUUUGGUGAAAUUUUGUUUUUGCCACCCCACACUCAUAACCACACAAUUGCCCCUCCUAAGUAACUAAUUGCUAUGCAAAAAAUAUAUGGUUGUUUUUCUUUUAUGCCACAGUCAUUCAAUCACUGUUUUUUUCUUUUGUAGUUAAGCAAGAUGUCAAUGUACCUGUUCGAUUGUUGCAGCAGUUAACCUAAUCAAAAGCAGAAUUGUUUUUUUGUAAAUAGUACCAUUAAAACAUUUAUGUUUAACUUGG